AUGUCUGUCCCUACGUCAAAAGGCUUGGUUCGCUUGCUGCGUCAGGCCAAAAAACCCUCAGUUCCCAGGGCGCAGCGGCGAUGCUCUCCUCGUCUCGUCGCCCAGACACCAGUCCGCUGUUUCUACAACACGCCUCGACGGCAAGAGGACACCAGUGAACCGCAUCAUGAUGUCAAGCACACCACCGACAUGUAUCCCUCGCUCAAACGCGACUCGAGGUAUGCCGAGAUCACGCCUGAACAUGUCCAGUUCUUCAAGUCCACCCUGGGCGACGAGGCAGCCGUCAUCGACGGUGUGACGAAGGAUGCGUCCGAUGACCUUGAACCAUAUAAUCGAGAUUGGAUGAAGAAAUAUCGCGGCCACACAAAGCUCGUUCUCAGGCCUAAGAGCACGGAAGAAGUGAGCAAGGUGCUGAAAUACUGUAACGAGAAUAAGCUUGCAGUCGUGCCACAAGGAGGGAACUCUGGACUGGUCGGAGGCAGCGUGCCUGUCUUUGAUGAGAUUGUCAUCUCGCUAUCCCGUAUGAACAAAAUAAGAAGCUUUGAUGACGUUAGUGGGAUUCUCGUGGUCGAUGGAGGUGUUAUCUUGGAAGUGGCCGACAAUUUCCUCGCCGAACACAACCAUCUUUUCCCUCUCGAUCUGGGAGCGAAAGGCUCAUGCCAGAUUGGUGGAAAUGUAGCCACCAAUGCAGGCGGUUUGCGAUUGCUACGAUAUGGCUCUCUGCACGGAAACGUUCUGGGACUCGAAGCUGUACUACCCGAUGGCACAAUUGUCGAUGAUCUCGGCACGUUGAGAAAGAAUAACACCGGCUAUGACAUGAAGCAGUUGUUUAUCGGGGCAGAAGGGACCCUUGGCAUCAUUACUGGUGUCUCGGUUAUCUGCCCACAGCGAUCGAAGGCGGUCAAUGUUGCCUACUUCGGUCUUUCAUCUUUCGAAAAUGUGCAAAAAGCAUUCAAAGAAGCCAAGAUCCAGCUGGGCGAGAUCUUGUCGGCUUUUGAGCUCAUGGACUCGCAGAGUCAGGGUUUCGUACACAGGGUCACCGGCAACAAGAAGCCCCUAGAAGGUGACCAUCCAUUUUAUUGUCUGAUCGAGACUAGUGGGUCAAACACGGAGCAUGACAAUGAGAAACUGGAGAAGUUCCUCGAACAUGUCAUGGGUGAAGAAAUUGUCUCUGAUGGUGUACUGGCCCAAGACGAGACUCAAGUCAGAUCUCUGUGGGCCUGGCGCGAGGGCAUUACCGAAGCCAUCGGCCAUUUUGGCGGCACCUACAAAUACGACCUGUCUAUCCCAAUCCAGGACCUCUACAAACUGGUUGAGGAAACUCGGGAGAGGCUGACUGCAAAAGGUCUGAUCGGCGAUGAUGAGUCUCACCCCGCCCUGGGAGUGGUAGGAUACGGGCACAUGGGUGAUGCCAAUCUGCAUCUUAAUGUGCCAGUCCGAAGGUAUACCAAAGAGGUCGAAGAAGCCAUAGAACCGUGGGUAUACGAGUGGAUCCAGAAGAGGAAUGGGAGUAUCAGUGCAGAACACGGUCUGGGCAUUGCGAAGAAGAAAUACAUUGGGUACAGUCGAAGUGAGACCAUGAUCAAGCUGAUGAAACAGAUCAAAAACCUAUACGACCCCAACGGCAUCAUGAACCCGUACAAAUAUAUAUAG